UAGGAAAGGCGGUGAAAGAUUCGAUCUAAGGACCUAAGUCUCAGCGACAGUAGGAUAUAGAGCGAAGGGGAGGAGAUAGAAGCGGAGAGACAAUCGGGGAAUUUGAAUCGACGAGCAAAUCGAGCUGAAUCGACGUCGUUUUUAUCGGGAUAGGGGCAGAAGAGGGUUCUCCCAUUUCUGUCUGAAUCUGUCAGAAGCAAAACUCGGAUUCAGUUGUGCACCUUCUGGUACGGAAUUGGUCCGACGCACUCGGUACUGUCGCUGGAUUUCUGUUCAUAUGUUUUCCUAAGAUGUCAAUCAUCGCCAUUCGGAUGCACGUCAUAGGACAAACAUUCAAGGUGGUCUUGUGAGAGCUUGAGAUUGAUACUUUCCUUUUCUUGUAUGGUCUCCAACUGUAUGGUGCUACGUACUGGUUCGACGAGUUUUAUCAAUAAUCUUUUGGUAGUGGAUGAAAUCAUAGUGUUGCCUAUUGGAGAUGUCAAUAUUCUGUAAUUAGUUAGUGUUCUUUUAUGAGUUCCUGAAAUUAAUUAGGCUGUAAAUGGAAACAUAUGGCGAGAAAAAUAUCUCAAUGGAGUUACUGGAUGUAUCUGCAAUUUUGUGUUGAAGAAGGGGAAAAUGCUAUCGAAUUGGAAACCCCGUACUGAUUUGAUGCUUAUCUCUUUGGGGUACACUUUAUUGUUGUUCGUCGGGAUAUCAAGAAAUAAAGAGUAUUUUAAUAGUGUGAUAUAAGAAGAAGCCAUGGAGUAUGAAUCAGAGAAACGAUUUCCUUUGGAUGCAAAAGAAUAUAAAUUAUACGAAGAAGUUGGUGAAGGUGUCAGCGCUUCUGUGUACAGGGCACUCUGUAUACCACUUAAUGAGAUAGUUGCUAUCAAGGUUCUUGAUCUUGAAAAAUGUAACAACGACCUGGAUGGUAUCCGACGGGAGGUACAUACAAUGACUUUGAUUAAUCACCAAAAUUUAUUACGAGCACAUUGUUCGUUCACUUCUGGCCACAGCCUUUGGGUCGUGAUGCCAUACAUGGCUGGGGGGUCCUGCCUGCAUAUAAUGAAAUCUUCUUAUCCUGAAGGGUUUGAAGAGCCUGUUAUUGCAACUUUAUUGCACGAAGUUCUCAAAGCUCUUGUGUAUCUUCAUGCUCAUGGCCUCAUCCAUAGAGAUGUGAAGGCUGGGAAUAUUUUAAUUGACUCUAACGGUGCAGUCAAGUUAGCAGACUUUGGAGUGUCUGCAUGCAUGUUUGAUGCUGGAGAUAGACAACGUUCCAGAAAUACGUUUGUUGGAACUCCAUGCUGGAUGGCUCCUGAAGUUAUGCAGCAAUUACAUGGAUAUGACUUCAAAGCAGACAUCUGGUCAUUUGGAAUAACAGCGCUUGAGCUUGCUCACGGUCACGCCCCAUUUUCCAAAUAUCCACCGAUGAAAGUUUUGCUGAUGACUUUACAAAAUGCACCCCCAGGCCUUGACUAUGAAAGAGACAAGAGAUUUUCAAAGUCUUUCAAAGAGAUGGUAGGUGCUUGCUUAGUGAAGGAUCCAAAGAAGCGUCCAUCUUCAGAGAAACUUUUGAAGCACCAUUUUUUCAAACAUGCACGACCUGUUGAAUAUCUGUCUCGUACCAUCCUUGAGUGUCUUGCUCCAUUAGGUGAACGUUUCAGGAUGCUGAAGGCAAAAGAAGCCGAUCUUCUUGUGCAGAAUAAGGCUCUCUAUGGGGAUGAACAUUUAUCACAGCAAGUUUAUAUCCGAGGAAUCAGUGCCUGGAAUUUCAACCUUGAGGAUUUAAAAAAUCAGGCUGCCCUUAUUGAGGAGGAUGACAUGCACAAUGCAACAUGUACGAAGCAAAAUGACAAGCAUGAAGAUGUUAGUUUUCCAGCAGAGAGGGAAGCCAUUGAGAUGGAAAUCCAAUCAAAUGCUGUGCCUGAUCAGGAGGAUGGCUUCCACGAUCUGCAUGAUUUGGACAGCUCACUGGCUUCAUUUCCUAUCAAACCUCUUCAAGCACUUAAAGGCUGUUUUGAUGUUUGUGAGGAUGAUGUGAGUGCAUCUAGUCCUACAAACAUUGCUCAAGAAAAUGGGAGAAGUGAAGGUGAGACUUCAGGGCAAUGUAGUUCUUUACCACGUCAUGUUAAUCCUGAGCCUCAAAAUUUUUUGAGUGGUUCACUGUUACCGGAUAGUGUGCUUUCUCCCAAAAAGGUUAUUGGUGACGGUGAGAGGGAUCAUCUGCAAGCAAAACCUAUGAGGAACUUCAGUGGUCCAUUGUUGCAUCGCCAGAAGAGAGACGCCAUUAGCCAUGCUUCUGCUGAGGAUGUUUCUGAAGGAGCAGUUGUCCAACGUAAGGGGCGCUUCAAGGUUACUUCUGCAGAACUCAGUCCCAAGGGUCCUUCAAACUGCUUGUUUAGUCCUUCUGGAAGUUCAACCGGUCCAGCAACCGCACCCCUUACAGCUACCACUAUUCUCCCAUCACUACAAUGCAUUCUGCAGCAAAACACCUUGCAAAGAGACGAAAUAGUUAAAUUGAUCAAAUACGUGGAACAGACCUCAGGAAUACAAGGGGAGUCCGCUGAUGAAAGCACCAGUGACCUUUUGCAGAUACCUCCAACUUCGGCUCGGGAGAGAGAAUUGCAGUCUAUCGUCAUUAAUCUGCAACAGAGUGUUGGGAAUCUUGUCGAACAAUUGCAAAGACAGAAGCUGAAAAAUGCCCAGUUAGAAAGCAAUUGAAAGCUAUGCCCAACAAAGAUGAAAAUGUUAGAUAUGGAAAUGAUGCGUGAUGGCAAUGUCGUGUCCAGAGUCCACCGCUGCCUGUCAAAUAAAUGUUUUGGCCGGAAAACAGAAAUUGCUGCAGAAAGAAGAUGAAGCAUGGCGGCGGUGUUGUGGACACCGGUGGGCGGUUUUCUCGGAGCUUUGAUGGUACGUGGUGUCUGCACGUUACUGUUGAAUCGCAGGAGCAAAUUUUUUAGUGUUGUAUUCUAGUGUACAAUAUGUGUCAAUGUGUAUUAGUGCGGACGUUCAAAUUUUGAGAAUGCGAGUGCUUUGAAUCCCGUUGUGUAACCUGUAAUUUAUCGUACUGAUGAUGUAAUUAUAAUUUAUGUUGGUUCAA